GGCACUGACCCCGACCGAGUAGACAGGAUCGUGGCGCGGAUCUGUAAACCCAUCGAGUGUCAGAAGGCGAGGCGCAGAGACAUUCAACCUGAACAGACGACACACCACGUUGAUAACGACAACGACGACCACGACGAUGACGAAGAUGACGACGACGACAACAACAACAACGACGACGACGCCAACAAAAACAGCCGCGGCAGCGACACCCACAGAAGUGACGCCAGCAACACCAGCAGCAGGUUCACGGCCAAAGACAUCUCGGAGCUGACCGCGAGAUUGCAGAAGCCGACAGAGAGUUCCCGCCAAAAGGCGUACCUACAGCGCCGGCAGGAAGACGACAGGGAGGAGGCGAACAGAAGUGAAAUCCCGCCGCUUGCGCAUGUGCGAAGACUGCCGCCUAUAAGUAGGAGGUCGUGACAGUUUAGUAUUGUUGUUGUUUGUAUUUAUGGUUGUUUGUUUUAUUUGUUUUUAUGGUGUUAUGUUUUGGAGAUUUUUUGCGAUGUUAAAAACUACGCUGCCUUUAAAAGGUCGAACACUCACAUAGCGAAAUGGGCGGGAAGCCGAAAUGAAAUCUUUUCGUUAUGUACGGUUUAUCAGUAUUGUUUUGUAUUAAUGAUUGUUGGUUUUAUUUUUGGUGAAGUUUAACACUACGCUAUUCUCAUUUAAAAGGUGUUGAGACUGACAGUUUAGCAUUAUUGUUGUUUUGUAUUCAUGAUUGUUUGUUUUGAUUGUUUUAAUGUGUGUUUUGUGGUUUUUUGUGUGUUUUCUUUUUUGGUGACGUUUCAUACUACGCUAAUCUCAAUGAAGGUGAUAAGACUGACGGUUUAUCAUUAUUGUUUUGUAUUUAUAAUUGUUUGUUUUAUUUUUUUGUUCUUGUUUUUGUUUGGUAUGUUUUUAUGUGUUGUUUUUCGAUGACGUUUAACACUACGCUAAUCUUAUUUAGGGAGUUGAGACUGUCGUCUUUAAAGAAGUGACUAUUUAUUGGGGGUUUUUUGGUUGUAUUUCUAAUUGUUUUGUUUUAUUUGUUGUUGUUGUUGUUGUU